UCAAUGUUAUUAAAAAUUAAAAAUUAAAUAGACAAUUUUGAUGAAAUAAUUGACUAUUGUGAAAAUAAUUGAGUAUUAUUUGCACCAAAUAACAUUUGAACACAUCAUUUUAAAGUAUCUGUUACCAAAAAAAAUUCCAAUGAAUGACAAUUAUACAGCAAUUGCUUCAAAAAACACUGAACUAGAUGUCUUUAAUGAAUCGAGUGAAUUUAUUUCCAAAGUUGAUGACCUAUCAGAAAAUAGAAGAUUUUUAAAAGAAUUGUCAUUGUAUUUAACACCCAAAAUGAUUCCAUCAAUGAAUAAUAAACAUAUUGCUACAAAAAUCAUUGAAUUUGAUGAAUCAUCAGAAAGUCAACAGUCAACUUCUAGCGGUUUAACAUACUUAUCAUUAGACGAAGAAAAAACAUUUGAUCCAGAAAAAAAUGACAAUAAUUCCUCGUUUUUAUAUUGUUCGUUAUGCUGUACAUAUUUUGAAAAUCAAAGUAUUGAAAGUCACAAUCAUUCAGUUGAACAUAGAGUGCUAUCACAAUUAGUUCAGUCAUUAAGUCCAUCAAAAGACACGUUAAUUUAUCAACUUAUGUUCUCGAAUAUUUUCCAUCAUAGUUUAGCAACAACUUCUGUAAAUGAAAGAAAAAUGUUUAAUUUAAAUAAAUUAAAAAACUUCAUCAUUGAUAUACAUAAAGAAAGUAAAAAAUGCAUUGAAAUACUUAAUUGCGCAGAAAGUCAAAGGCAUAUCAGUAUAUGCGAAGAAAAUAACUUCAAUAAUAACCCAAAUUAUAAUUUGUCUUCUAAUUUAAGUAAUAUUAAUUCAAAUGACAAUAAUUGUAUGGAUUUAGAGUCAAAAAAAAUAUCAUCUAAAUAUUUAACAGUACCAAAAAUAUUUUUAGAUGUAUCUACUAAUACUGAUGAAUUUAAUAUGGACCAUAAUCAAAGUUUAGAAUACAAAUCAUCAAAUAAAAAUUCUGAUAAAAAGAAACAAGAAGACUUUCAAAUCCAUUCAAACACUGUAGGUGAUACAAAAUUAUUUAAUUCAUUUUCAGAAUCAAUUUUUGAUCAAGACAACAUAUAUGGACAAAGUGUUGCAGAAAGACUUAAUAUUAUAAGUUCUAUAUCUUUAAAAAGAGAAAUUAAACUUGAAAUUGAUCGUUUAUUCCUCUUAAAAACUAAAAAAAAUUAAAGUAACUUGAUUUAUUAUCGUUUUUUAAACUAUUUAAAAUUUUUAGUCAAAUAAUGUAACUUAUUCUGAGUUGCAAUAUAUUUAA